CCCCUUGAAAUCAUUGGAUUCAGGUGUUCCAGUCCCCUUCAAAUCAUUGGAUUCAGGUGUUUCAAUCACCUCCAUGGCCACAGGUGUAUAAAAUCAAACACCUAGGCAUGGAGACUGCUUCUACAAACAUUUGUGAAAGAAUGGGUCGCUCUCAGGAGCUCAGUGGAUUUAAGCAUGGUACCGUGAUAGGUUGCCUCCUGUGCAAUAAGUGCAUACGUGAAAUUUCCUUGCUAAUAAAUAUUCCACAGUCAACUGUUAGUGGUAGUGUAACAAAGUGGAAACAACUGGGAACAACAACAACUCAGCCA